CUUGCGUUGUGAAAUCUUUCCUGCACCAAGUCAGGAACCCAAACACUACCGGCCAGCCGGAGGCAGACCUGCUCUGGGCCAAUCCCUGCCGAGUAACAGCCUCACAUGGACUUUGCAGGUGUGAUUAGGUUCAGGUUGUUGAGAUGGGCCUUGACCCUGGGGGACCCAGGGGGGCUCCAUGUCAUCACGAAGUCCUUAGGAGGGAAAAACGGAGGCAGGGGGACAGAGACAAAGAGGUGUGACAAACAGACAGAGUAAUGUAACCCUGACUGCGGAGAUGGAAGAGGAUGGUGAGGUGCAGGACACCAGCAGUGUGCGAAGCUUACAGACAGGGAAAUGAAUUCUGAUGUCCAGAGGUCCCCUCCAUCUGCACAGCCAGGAACAGAGAGGAGACGUAAUGACCAGCACCUUCACAGCCCUGGUCUGGCUCGGACUGAGUGUGGGCCUGAGGACCCCAGUGCAGGCAGGGACUCUCCUGAAACCGACCCUCUGGGCGGAGCCAGGCUCUGUGAUCCCCUGGGGGAGACCUGUGACCAUCUGGUGUCAGGCCACCCUGGGGGUCAAGGAGUUUCAUCUUUAUAAGUCUGUAUUAUUGGAGCUCUGGGAUAAACAGAACCCACAGGAGCCCGGUGACAAGGCCAAGUUCUCCAUCACAUACAUGACAGAUCUACAUGCAGGGAUAUAUACCUGUGCCUACUACAGCACCUCUGGCUGGUCAGAGACCAGUGACCCCCUGGAGCUGGUGGUGACAGGAUCCUACAGCAAACCGAGCCUCUCAGCCCUGCCCAGCCCUGUCGUGACCUCAGGAGGGAACGUGACCCUCCAGUGUGGCUCAUGGCAGCAAUAUAACAGUUUCAUUCUGACUAAGGAAGGAGAACACAGGCUCUCCUGGACCCUGGACUCAAAACGGCACACCACAGGACAGUUCCAGGCCCUGUUCCCUGUGGGUCCCGUGACUCCCAGCCACAGGUGGACUUUCAGAUGCUAUGUCUGUUACAGGAACAGCCCCCAGGUGUGGUCACACCCCAGUGACCCCCUGGAGCUUCUGGUCUCAGGUGUGUCUGGGAAGCCCUACCUCCUGGCCCAGCAGGGCCCCAUCGUGACCUAUGGACAGAGCCUGACCCUCCAGUGUGGCUCUGAUGUCGGCUAUGACAGAUUCGCUCUGUCCAAGGAGGAGGAUCUGGACCCCACACAGAGCCUUGUCCUGCAGCCCCAGGCUGGGCUCUCUCAGGCCGACUUCCCCCUGGACACUGUGCGCACCUCCCACGGGGGCCGGUACAGAUGCUACGGUGGACACAACCUCUCCUCCGAGUGGUCGGCCCCCAGUGAACCCCUGGACAUCCUGGUGGCAGGACAGCUCUCUGACAGACCCGCCCUCUCGGUGCAGCCGGGCACCACGGUGACCUCAGGAGAGAACGUGACCCUGCUGUGUCAGUCACAGUACCCGAAGGACACUUUCCUUCUGUCCAAGGAGGGGGCAGCCGAUCCCCCCCUGCGUCUUCCCUCAGAGCACCGAGCUCAGCAGUACCAGGCAGAGUUCUCCAUGAGUCCUGUGACCUCCGCUCACAGGGGCACCUACAGGUGCUAUAGCUCAGUCAGCACCUACCCCUACCUGCUGUCAUACCCCAGUGAGCCCCUGGAGCUGCGGGUCUCAGGAAGCUCUGAGGAUGUGGUCCCUUCCCCAACAGACUCAGACCCACAUUGGGGUCCCCCAUGGUACCUGUACGUCCUGAUCGGGGUCUCAUUGGCCUUUGUUCUGCUGCUCUCCCUCUUCUUCUUCCUCAGACACCGAUGUCAGCGCAAAAACAGGAUGUCAGGGUCCACAGACCCAGAGCCCGAAAACAGAGGACUGCAUAUCAGCUCCAUCCCGGCUGUGGACGCCCAGGAAGAGGUCCUGUAUGCUGCCAUGAAGGACCCACAGCCUGGGGAGAGCGUGGAGCUGGACUCUCAGAACAGGCAUGAUGAAGACCCCCAGGGAGUGACAUACGCCCAGUUGAACCACCCAAAAUCAAGACUCGGGCAGGGAAUGGGCACCUCUCCUUCCUCCCUGUUGGGGGUAUUUCUGGACAUGAAGGGCAGGCAAGCAGAAAAGGUCACUCAGCCUGCUGCAUCUGAUGCCCCCCAGGAUGUGACCUAUGCCCAACUGAACCUCUUGGCCCUCAGAUAGAAGACAAUACCAACUUAAUUUCAUCAGAGGAGCCCUCAGAUGAGUCCAGCGUGUGUGCUACUCUGGCCAUCCACCAGCCCAGGAUGGACCCAGACUGCCCACUCCAGGGAGGGGGCCUGCAGGGACCACAGAAGGUAUGGGAGCUUCCCCCAUGGCUACUCAGCUAGUGGCCCCAGUCAUUCUGGAGACCUGACAUGGACCUUCUGCAUGUCCUGGGACCCUCUGAGAGUCACCUGAUUCUGUAAUCACAGAUAACUAAUAUCUCUACACUGAGAAGUCAAAACAACAGACUUUUCAAUAACCAAUGUGUGAAUUGAUUAUGGACAGGAAGUGAGAGACUGCUUUAAACGAAUGAUAAUGUAAAUAUUAUGCACCAAAUGAAUGAAAUAAGAAAAUGAAGAAGCAUGAGUGAAUAUAUUAGAAAAAGAAAGCCUAUAGGAUCAAGGACCUAGUUUGUUGCCUCAAGAAUUUGGGAAAAGAAUAGCAAAUUGUUCUAGAAAGAGGGGUAUAAUAAUGAGUAAUUACCAAGGAGGACAAACAAAAAUAGAGAAAAAGCAACAAAGCCAAAAAAAAUAUUUAUUCUUGAAAACUUUAAUCACACUUAUAAAUCUUAGCCACAGUGGACAAAGGAAAAGGAGAGAAGACACACAUGACCACUAUCAAGACAGAAUCACAAGGCCUACAGACUUUAAAUAGAUACCAUAGCAUUAUAAACUGAUGCCGGGCCCCGGCUGGGUUGCUCAGUUAGUUAGACUGUCAUCCCAAAAUACCAAGGUUGCAGGUUCUGUCCCUGGUCAGGGCACAUACAAGAAUUAACCAAUGAGUGUAUAAAUAAGUGGAGCAAUCAAUCAAUCUCUCUCUCUCUCUCUGAUUAAUAAAACAAACAAUUUGAUGCCAAUGUAUUGGACAGUGUAGUUAAAAUGGACACCAUUAAAUGCACAAUUUACUAAAUAGACAUAAGAAUUAAUAGAAAACUGUAUCACCUUAUGUACACAUUAAAUACAUUGACUUUGCAGUGAACGUUCUACUACAUUGGAACACUGUGUAAUAUAAGGAAGUAACAAAGAUAGAAACAAGAGGAGAGUCAGUUACCAGCAGUUGGGGGAGGGAGAAAUGUGGAGUUAUUGGUUACAAGGUACAAACUUCCAGUUACAAGAUUGACAAAUUUUGAGAUCUAAUGUACAGCAUGAUAAUUAUAGCUGACACUAUUGUAUCACAUUUUUGAGUGUUGCUAAAAGAGUAGGUCUUAAAUGUUCUCACCUCAAAAAGAAAGGGAAAUUCUGUAACAGGAGAGAGAGGUAUUAGCUAAUGCUGUGGUGGUCAUUAUUUUGCAACAUAAAAAUGUAUCAGUUCAGAAGGCUUCGUUGGUGACUUUUUUCUAAAUGUUUAUACAUUUACACACACACACACACACACACACACACACACACAUGCACACACACCAAACUUAUACCAAUAUUUUAUGAAAGCAGAAAAAGAAGCAGCAUGAUAAAUCUCACAGGGAAGGAAGGGGAUAAGAAAAGAUUAACCAAAGGACUUAUAUACAUGUAUGUA